CAUCAGGUCAGAUGUUAAAGACCAAAUCACACCUGUCUGAGUUAUUAUAAUAAACGCUAAUGAUGAUGAGACUAAUGAAGAGAAAAUUCACUUUAUAGCAAACUCACACGUGACACCGUUGGAAAGUAACUCGAUGACUGCAACACAGACUGGUAACGUUAUUCAAAAGCCGAGUGUUCAUGAAGCUUUAGAUCCAGUUUAUGCUGUUUCCAGCAGUAGACUACGACUCAGACCUCAUGAGGGGGCAAAAGGACAGUUUUUUAACCGAACUUCAUAUACUGUACCCACAUCCUGGAGUCGGAUCGUGGUCUACUCUGCUCCGCGUCCCGUGAAGAGGUGCGACACCACCAGCGACAACAUGUAAAACUUUCCAGCUUGUCUUUUCCGCCGAACACGAGACUUUAAAUAAGACUGAAGCAAGCUGUUGGUAAUAUGGGGAAUAAUUCUGGAAAAGAGCGACAUGGAUCUUCAGGCGCUGCUGUGGACACCUAUGAAACACCUCCCACUUCACCAUAUAGUGUUGUUUCUACCUGGUCACCAAAAACUCAGCUGGUGUCCAUUUCCAACUGCACAAACACAGGCACCCCUGAAACCUCCCAGGAUACACUCAGUCCACCUCUCGAAUCCAGCGUUCAGAAUGAGCCAAUAUUGGUCUGUAAAACAGGUCCUGGAAAAGAGGAGGAGGGACUGAAUAUGACACAGGGACUUGAGAAUGUGUCUUAUGUCUCAGGUGUGUGUUUAAAUGGAAACACAGAAGUGGAUGCAAAACUUCUGCAAGAGUGCUUGAACACACUGCAGCUCAGCAACAUUGAAGAAUCCACACACAUACUAAAUGAUCUAUUACAUUGUUUUCUGGUGGAGAGAGAGAAGAUGAAGGAGGAACUGAGAAGUUGUAAGGAGAAGAUUCAGGCUGAACGUGAAGAGUGGCAGCAAUUUCAGGCAGACCUGAAAGUGGCACUAGUUGUUUCAGACAGACUGAGAGCAGAAGCCGAGGAGGAGCUGAAUACUUUAAGAGCAGCAAGGCAGGACCUGGGCACACAGUUAGCCGAUUCCUUGCAGGGUCGCAGAGAAGUCGAAGGUCAACUGGAGAGCCUCAGAACAGAGUUGGAGAAGAGCAAGCAGAAAAUGAAGCAGGUCAAUGGUAGCCACCAGGGGGCGGCGACACUGAGGGGCCUGGAGAGAAGAGUGGAGGGUUCAGGAAAGAGCACUGGACACAUAGAGCAACUGUGGACGAAUGAGAUGAAGGGGAAAAGAGAAAUCUCUGGCAACACAGAGAGGUCAAGGAGCCUGUGCAGACUUCCAUCAGAUUACACUGAUGCUGUUGUAAAUGGUUCCUCCCAACCCUCCAUCACUACCACAAUAGAAUCUACUCCUCAGAGUAAAACUCCAGCAGGAAGUUUAGACCAGCAGAACAACAUGACCAACUCCAUUAAAGACAAGAAAGUGGAGAAUUCACUCCCACAAACAGGCACCUCUUCAGUUUUAGAUGUAACAAAUAAAGUCAGCAGGAUGAGGAUGCAGGAGGAUUUCCCAUCAGGACUCAGGUCGCUGAGGCUUCAUGGAGGCUCCAGGCGGAACUCCCUGCUUCGCUGGUGCCAAUGCAGAACUCAGGGCUACAAGAAUAUUGAAAUCACCAAUUUCAGCAGUUGCUGGGUGGACGGUUUGGCAUUUUGUGCCAUUUACCACAGUUACCUCCCCUCUCACAUACCAUAUAACAGACUCAGCCCAGAGAACAAGAAAGAAAACCUCACUCUAGCGUUCCAGACUGGAGAAGGAUUUGGAAUCUCAACAUCACUGACGGUGGAGGAGAUGCUGAAAGACGAUGCACCAGAUUGGCACAGAGUUCUGGAAUAUGUAGAGAGCAUCUACCGCCAUUUUGAGAUGUGAGACUCUGGAGAUUUACACAUCUGGAUUAUUUACGAUGAUCACGAAUGAUUAUGACCAUGGGAAGCGUACCUGUUUGAAAAGGAUCAGAUUUUAAAUUACUCAGAGGACAGUAUUGUUAAGAGCUGGUUAGCAUGACACGCUAACUGUGCCAUAUAUUCUGAUUUCUUGCAAGCAACAAAUGAGUUGCUCGUUUCACUUUAUUAUAUUGAAGUGCACUUAAAAGUGGACUAAAGACUUUGUGACUGUGCUUUCUUGAUGCACCAUUAGUCAAUCAGCAUUUACAGUUCAAGUGAUUACACCAGAAAAUGUGUGCUUUGAACUGAGAGCACAAAAAAAAGAAGAAAACAGAUAAAGCAGAGACGUAGGCUACCGGAGUGAUUGUUGCUCGCCUUCUUUGAGUAUUAAAGACCUGAAGAAUUCCUGAAGAAGAUCAUUGUCUUUGAAUUGGUAGAGUUCGUCAAAACUUUUUAUUGCUGCUUUCUGCCCUCUGUUGGUCUUCUUGCGGGAUUGCAGGUUUCGUUUUUCCUUUUGUUUCUUUCAUUCGUGUUCAUAAACGAGUAGAUUUACUACAGUGUGAAUCACAGAAAUCAGUAUGUCUGCCAUGUUUUAUUUACCCCGGUUGGUAAUGCAGCUCUAACAUCCUGGGUAGUUUUUGUUGUUGUUUUUUUUUAUGUGUUCCAACUCUGAUACCCUGACCAUAUCCUUCGUGUAAAGUAUUUGAAAAUAAAUUUUCAAAUACAAAAAAGCAUUUGAUAAUUUGAUAAUUUUAUUUAUAGUUUUUUACUAUUGUUUUUUUUUUCUUGCUUAUGUUUGGCCAAUGUGAAAAUAAUAGACUGCGGGUGAAAGACAUUUUUAGUGACAGCAUAAAAUUACUCUGGUAAAGAAACACGUUUGUUUUCAUAACGUGUACUGAAAUGGCAAUUUUUAACUAAGUCAAAUACGCUGAUUUGAUGGCUAUGGUGACUUCCUGUUUUGAAAUAACUUAAUAAGCCAGCUGACUGGCAUAUGAUAGUUAAAACAAACGUCAAACUGUAGGCUGUGGAAGGAAAAUAUUUCUCCUGUCCUGUCAGGAAGACAUUUUUUCAAAAUAAAAGUCAUCGUGGGAAAUACUGA